AUGGAGCCAGAUGUUGAAAAGGGAAUCCGCCCGGAAAAGAAGUUCGAGUCGAGACUCCCUGCCGUCAAGGAAUUUGGCUAUGCCCUUCCCUUGCCACAAAAACUCCCGGUGAUACAGAAGAAAUUUGACGAUGACCCGGCCGACUACUGCAUGUGCAUGAGCCAUGUUCAUGUUAGUUUUUUGGCAGUCAUUACUACGGACUUUCUAUAAGUAAUGAAAUCGCUGAUUUUCCAGACGGGCACCCAACUCAUUGGAAUGAUUACCCUUCUCUGGUGCUUGGCAUCAAGUGUCCGCAGUUUCGCCGCAACCUCUCAGCUGUUAACUUGCUUCGAAGGGGUGUUUGGCAUGGUGGCAACUAUCAUAUUGCUGACGGGAAACCGGCGGAAUCUAUGGCUUUACUACAUUCCGUUCCUAUUGUUCUUUGUAAGUUUUGGGCGCUAAAAUUAUUGAAAUGAAGUGGUUGAGGUGCCAUGUUUAUUGCCGUGGCAAAUUUUCCGACAUAUCUUUUAUCCACCGCAUAUCCAUUGCUGAAAUUCUUAGCUCUCGUUUAUCAGGCACAAUGGAGACUUUUAGACAUUUUUUGAAGCUUCUUGAAGCGGACAAAAAGAUAUGCUAAAAUCGGAAAACAUUUUUGGUUCACCCUAAUAACAGCUUUUUUCUUACAAUUAGUGCUUUGAAAUUGUCCAUAUUUUCUAUGAAUUUUGUCAUCCUCCAAUUUCAGACAGUCGACGUAUGUUCCUGGCUGACCUACGCCUUCUACCUCAUGUUCUACGACUUCAUUGACGAAACGGAUCGACUACCGCUGAAAGCCGACUUAGUUGUCAUGUUCAAGUCCGUGGGCAACAUCGAAGACGUCCAUCGGCUAGUCUUCGGUGUUCUGCUGAUCUUCAAGUCCACAAUCUACAUUUACAUGAUAUACGUCGUGGCUCGCGGAAUGUUGUUCCUGAAGCGGGGCGGUCGACUACCAAUGAACACCAACUAG